AUGAUACCCCUCUUCCUCCUCGCGGCAUCCUUGCUGUCCUCCUCAGCACUCGCAGCGACGACUUGCAAUGGCGAUGACUCGCUCUGUGAUCGAUCAUACUCAAAUAUGACCUUCCUUGGCGCUCACGAUUCUUAUGCCGUCGGAACGAGCUUGGCAGAUGAUCAAUCGAGCGGCGUGACGGACCAAUUGAACGAUGGAAUCCGCACGCUUCAGAUUCAGGCCCACAAUAUGAGCGAUGGGAUCCAUCUCUGUCAUUCUGCUUGUUCUCUCCUCGAUGGCGGACUGAUGGAGUCGUACCUUGCUGAAGUCAACACAUGGGUCUCUGCGAAUCCGAACGAAGUCAUUACCAUUGUCAUUGUCAACAGUGAUAGUCUCCCACCCACAGCAUACGAAUCGGCUUUCCAAUCAUCCGGGCUUCAAUCCCAUGUCUAUUCACCACCUUCAGCGGCGAUUGCAUUCAAUGCUUGGCCCACCCUCGGCUCGUUGAUCGAUGCCGGGACGACCGUCGUGGUGUUCAUGAAUUACGAUGCGGAUUUUAACCAAGUGCCGUGGAUCAUCGACGAAUUCUCCAACAUGUUUGAAGACUCCUACAACGAUGUGGACACUACGUGGAGCUGUGCGGCGAACAGGAGUGGAAGCAAUCCGGCUUCUAGCUUGAUGAUGGUCAAUCACUUUUUGGACGUGGUGUAUGACCUCGCUGGAACGGCUAUUUACAUUCCCGACAAGGACGCCAUCAAUACGACCAAUUCAGAGUCCAGUCUAGAGAUCCAUGUAGACAACUGCAUGACUCUCUGGGGCCGCCACCCCAAUCACAUCCUUCUCGAUUUUUACAACUCAAAUGGCAAUGCACCGUUCGACUACGUCGCACAGCUGAAUGGCGUCCCUGCACCGACGACCAACGUGCAAGCUGUGGCCCCGGGUGGUGGAGAGAACAGCAGCAGUGGCAACGGAACAGAUUCUUCAAACCAAGCUCAGAUCUCCUCAUCUAGCAGGUCUUCGACAGGAUCUGGAGGAGCGUACGGACGCGCGGGCAUGUUGCCGACAGAGAGCUGGACUCUUACUGUCAGUCUAAUCGGCAUGGGCCUCGGUGGAGGUGUCGUCAGCUUGUGGCUGUAA